CUCCCUUUCUCCGUCGGCACGCAGACACUUGCUUUUUGUACGAAGGGGGUGAACCCGGCGAACAAUCCUGUCUGUCUUUUCCCCAAAUGAGCCUGUGGGAGAGGGAUCGAGGAGGAAGCCAGGGAGAUUGGUCCAACGAGAUGCGCGGCCCCCGGAUAUAAAUCCUGGAAGUGGGAGUGCGCCCUGCUCGGACCUUUAGCUCCACAGACAUUGCCGACUACCUGACCGCCUGAUUAGCAGACUCUCACUGCACUUUUGCUCCCUCUCUCUCCCUCCCGAAAACCCGCUCCCUCCUACUUUCCACCCUGGAGCACGGCAGUGCGUAGAUUGGGAAGGUGCUCCCCAGACCUGCGUCCGGAGCGCUCCAACAGGGCACAGAGAGGAUUCUCCCCUCUCCUUUUUUUUCCCCCUCCAUUGAAAUCCCAUCAAAUUCUCAUUUUGCCCAGAAGCGCACGGACUGAAUUUUGUAUUUUUUUUCCGGAGACUGACUGAACUCGAAAAAGGGCACCUGCGCUUCAAUUCAUUUUCUUUUCUUUUUUCCUUCUUCUUCACUGGACCGGUUGAAGGUGCCAUCACUCCUCUUUCUUGGGGGGCUCCAUUGAACAUCUGAUGCCACCCCAUCCCAUGGGAGACACACGUGGCUGAAGGAGGGAGGUAGAAUAGAAGACCCACCUGAAGAUCGCACCGACCCCGGCGCUGCCCUCCUGCCGCUGGACACUCUGAGGAGACAAAGUUCUUUGUGUGACAUCGGAUGCCUGGCGUGCCGUCCACCAUGUUGUCGGCCCGUAUUUGUGUGCUCCUCAUGCUAGGGGGGCAUGUCCUAGCCGGAGGCUACGCCCCCAUGCCUCACAUGAAGUACAUGCAACCCAUGAUGAAAGGACCUGUCGGCCCUCCUUUCAGAGAGGGCAAGGGACAUUAUGUUGACAGGCCACCCAUGGUAGAUGUCAAAGGGGAGCCAGGGCCCCAAGGCAAACCCGGACCAAGAGGACCCCCUGGUCCUCCAGGAAUCCCAGGAAAACCUGGGCUUGGGAACCCCGGCCUCAAUGGUCAGCCAGGUCCUCAAGGGCCUCCCGGCUUUCCAGGGAUUGGUAAACCAGGACUCCCGGGACUACCAGGAAAGAUCGGACCGAAGGGGAUGCCGGGACUUACUGGCGAGGUUGGUCCUCGUGGUGAACCGGGUCUCAGGGGUCAACCGGGGCAGCCGGGACUGCCAGGACCAGCUGGCCUUUCUUUGAAUGGGAAACCUGGGCUUCCGGGUGUUAGGGGCCCGCCUGGUAGUCGGGGAGAACCAGGAUUAAAAGGUAUUUCUGGCCCUCCAGGUGAGCGCGGGGUUAAGGGUGAGAAUGGAAAUGGGACACCAGGACCCCCUGGCGUUAGGGGUCCCCCGGGGUUAAAAGGCAGCGCAGGGCCACCUGGUCUUCCAGGCAUUGGCAAACCUGGACCAAAGGGUUUGCCUGGACUGACGGGUUCUAAAGGUGAUCAGGGACCUCCAGGAGAUCAAGGGGAACCAGGAGAGGCUGGGCUUCCUGGUCUUCAAGGUCAACCAGGUCCUAUUGGCAUUGGGAAGCCUGGAAUUGAUGGAGUGCCGGGAGCACCAGGUCAUGUAGGCCAAAAAGGUGAGCAAGGGCUGAGGGGUUCCCCAGGAUUUCCAGGUACUCCAGGCUAUGGAAAACCUGGUCUAAGUGGACCAAAAGGAGAAAAGGGCCACACUGGUUUAACUGGUCAACCCGGAGACAAAGGAGAGCAAGGUAUGGUGGGCCCAAUUGGUGAACCAGGUCUUGAUGGAAAACCAGGACCUCCUGGACUUCACGGGCCCAUGGGUCUCCCGGGAAAGCAUGGCAUGCCAGGACUCAAAGGAGAACUCGGGCCCCAAGGACCUCCGGGGCUGCCUGGCCUCAGAGGUGACCAAGGUCCAAGUGGAAACACAGGAAAACCAGGAAUACCUGGGGAUAAAGGCCUACCUGGGCCAAAUGGAGCAAUUGGAAAACCCGGGCCCAAAGGUGAAGCAGGUCAUAUUGGUCUGCCAGGUAAUCCUGGGCUGACAGGUCUUCAGGGACCUAAAGGUGAGGCUGGAUUCAUGGGAACACCAGGUCCCAGAGGUCAGUCAGGUAUCCCUGGCCUUCAGGGGCCUAUGGGUCCCAUGGGACCACAGGGGGCACCUGGCUUGAAGGGUGAGUCUGGACCACCUGGGCUCCCAGGACUGGGUAAAGUGGGCGAGAAAGGACCCAUCGGUCCCCAAGGUCCUCCGGGGAAACCAGGCCAGGCCGGACUUAACGGUAACCCUGGCCCACCCGGCCCCCCGGGUCCCCCAGGUCUUCCGGGAAAUGGCCAGACUGUUGUGGCGGGUCCAACAGAUUCCCAGCUGGAAGGGGGUGAAGUGCCAGGAGACCGGAAGGGGCCGGCUUAUAGUCAAGUUCCACUCUCUGCCUCGUUAGCACCGGCCUUCACAGCCAUCCUCUCCAAGCCUUUUCCUCCUUCCGGUAUGCCAAUAAUAUUUGACAGGACUCUGUACAACGGGCAAAAUGCCUACAAUCCCUCCACUGGCAUCUUCACUGCUCCCCUAUCGGGCGUCUACUACUUUGCGUACCACGUGCACGUGAAGGGAACCAGCUUGUGGGUGGCUUUGUACAAGAACAAUGUACCGGCUACUUACACCUACGACGAAUACAAGAAAGGCUACAUGGACCAGGCGUCCGGCAGUGCCGUGCUCGAGCUGAAAGAAGGCGACCAGGUCUGGGUUCAGAUGCCCUCGGAUCAGGCAAACGGUCUCUAUUCCACCGAGUACAUCCACUCCUCAUUCUCGGGAUUCCUGCUCUGCCCCACAUAACCUUUCCCCUGACUCCAUCAGUUCCUUUUAUGAGCUCCUCGGAGCAGACCGAAACCUAAAAUACUUGCAGCAAUACCGAUUUCCAAAACAAUAACAUUAUCAGUUCAGUUAGUCAUUUUUCUCAUUUUGGUCUGUUUUACAGACAAGGAAAAAAAAAAGUAUAAAUCACAAGGCAGAGGAAGGAAUUUUAUUCAGUGUUGUUUUGUUUUGUUGUCAUUCCAAUGUGUUUUGGAGUUGUAUUUUUCUGUUAAUUAUUGUUGUCGUUUUUUUUAGGAUUUUUGUCUUUGUUGUGUGUUUGAGUCAGACUGUUGGGUGCCUUAAUUGGUAAUGUGCAAGCAGACCGUUCUGUGCCAGUGCACAGUUUGGCCACGUGCCGACAUCAUCAGGACCGAAAUCAGAUGACGUUUUAGACAAUCCUGGCCAGAUUAGCAUCAAUCUGACAUACAGCUCAAGACAAACAAUUGUAAAUAUUAAAGAAACGUGAAACCCCACGUUCACUUGUGCUUCAUCACUUUAGUCCCGUUCUCUCAUGAAAAUCACAGAAUGAUUUUAAGAGUUCAGAAGUCGUUGGUUGCGAUCUUUCUCAUUUUUGGAGCUGACCUUUUCUUUUUUUUUGUCUUUCUUAUGACUAUUUAUUUUAUUGAACCAUCCCAAAAAAGGCAAUCUAGAUAUAUAGCUAACAGAAAUAGGACUUCAUAUACCAAGGCUAUAUUAACUGACGGUGACGUGAUGCAUGUUUACAUAAUUCUUCAUUUGGUGCCAGAGAAAGAAGAGCUGCGGAAUUUAUAGAUUUGAGUAAAGGGGUUUUAUUGUCCCCAAGCCGCCGCUUCCGAAAUCGUGAGUUUAGCAACACGCGGUGACAAGGACAAGAUGUUUUCGAACAAACAGUCGAGCGAGACGGAAAUGCAAAUCGCUCCUUAUUGCCUCUGUGAAUAAGUAAAGGAAGUGAUUGAGAGGCCCGCAGAUUGUGAAACACAAGUUGUGUAACAUUUAACAAACCCCUGGCAGAUUUCUUUGUCAGAGCUGUCCACGUUCUCGUUUCCGGCGAUCGAAGCCUUUGAACUGCACGUUGUGUGUGCAUGUCCAACCUGCCUGCCUCGGAGUGUGUCUAUGGAUUUACUGUAUGUGGGCGUCUGCGUGUCACUUUGUCCCACUGGCAUUCAGGUCAUGAACGCUUUGGCAAAGGUAAUAAAUAAACUGGAGUGAAGUUACAAAAUCCAGAUCAAACUCGCAGCUCUGUCAAUGUUCCAUCGGAACACUGACUUGUUUGUCCUCUCGCUUAGAAUGAAAGUCCCAUGGAGAUUAAUGGUGCAAAGUAAGGGAACGGAAGCGCAAAUAAAAGGCGACCGAGAACUCAACUGACAUGCCAGGAUAAACAUAAAGUUGUUUUCAAAAUCACACUAACACUGAAUAUGAUGUCAAAAUGACUUGUGUGCAAUAAUUCUGUGUCAACACCAAAACACCCAUUUGAGUAGUGUCGUGCAGAAGAACGUUGGAAGUGAUGGAAGACAAGGAAGAACCAUUACAAGAAUGUUACAAGAUAAUUACACAGCCCAAAAAUGAUCGGCGUGCUGAAUUUAGGGCUACCUUGAUACAAGAAUGUCAAAACAGCGGUGCCUUGAGAUACGAGUGAGACGGAUUGGGAAAUUUGGGAGAUUUUAGAUUAUUUGCUUUGACUUGCGAAGGCAAAGUUGUCAUACGGGCGCUCUAAAUUCAAAUGACUUCACAAACGUUUGGCAGACAAUGAACAACUCUUCACAAAAGCUUCAAGCUGCUUAAUGCCACUUCCGGUUGAAGUUUACUGUCAUAAUCAAGAUUAAAUUAAGACAACAGCAUUUGCCUUAGGAAUGUCCCUGCUAGCUUGAUGCUAACACAUCAUGGAAAACGCCUUAGACGGCCUUCACGAAUAGCAGCCAUCAGCGUAGCGUUUUAACCAUUUUUAACACAAAGAGUGGAGCAACGCGCGUAGACAGACAUUUUGUCCAAAAAAUACCCAAAGGCGUAUAUCUGGAACGGAUUAUUUGCACUUCCAUUCAUUUCAAUGGGAAAAGAUGAUUGGUCACGGAACAAACUAAACUCUGAUCCCAAGGCACUACUGUAUACUGAAGCCAAAUAUUGAGCUUUGCGACCACAACUAAUAUAUACUCCCACUGACUGACAACAGACAUUUAGGAUAAGACCUAAUCAGUAUUUUACGAUUGUGUAAUGGAAAAAAAAAUGCACUUGGAGCUGUCCACUUUGUCUGCAUAACACAAACGGUCAUUAUUGUAACGUGAGUCUACAAGGCAGUUCAAGGCUCGUUAUGUACUGUAUGUUGGCUUAUUUUGGUAGCCGUCUAUUUUUGGACAUAUGAAAUGGUGAUGUGAAUUACAUGUGGUUAUUAUACUCUGUCCUUGUGUUUUAUAGACGAUGUCACUUGCUUGCAGAGUUUGCCCUGAGUGCAAAUCAUUUGACAAGUGUCAGUAAGCGCCAUUUUAUCACACAUUGCUUUAAAAUGUUUUGCUUUAUACGUUAAAAAAAAAAAAAACAUAAAAAAAAU